GUGAGUGGCAUACAUAUAAAAAAUUAAAAUGAAGAUAAGUUUUGGUUUAGGUGCCAUUAUUGUUAUGUUGUGGUGGGUUUCAAUUGCAUAUGCUGCAGAUCCCAGCCCUCUUCAAGAUUUCUGCGUUGCUCUUCCUGAUAACAUCUCUGAUGUUUUUGUGAAUGGGAAGUUUUGCAAGAACCCGAACAAGGUGGUUGCAAAGGAUUUUCUAUUCGAGGGUCUAAACAUCCCUGGAAACACAUCCAAUCAGUUCGGAUCCAUCGUGACUCCUGUGAGCGUGAACCAGCUGCCAGGGCUCAACACUUUGGGCGUGUCAUCUCUUCCCCAGGAGAUGCUAAAGAAAUACCUAACCUAUGCUAGCUGUUUAAAUUCCAGCGUUGCAUAA